CCGACCCGUUGCAAUGGAGCUUUAGCCAAGAAAGAUUAACCUGCUCAGUGAAGUGUCGUGCAUGCGCAGACAAAGUGCACGAAUCGGUCAAAUGCCACAAUUCGACUGGUCUGCAAAUGAAAAUGGAUCGAUCCUGGACCGGGGUGGCCCGUUUUGGAUUUGGACGGAAAUUCAACAGCGCGGCUGAUGCGCGCACAUUCUAGGCGAGCCCUGCAUCAAGAGUGAGGCGAUUACAGAGCAAACAUGUCGGGCGCACGCAGCCUUUAGACCCGUGCGCCCGAUUGGAAUUUUGGGAGACUAUUCUGUGGCCUGGACGGCAAUGACGUUGGGGAUUAUUACAAUACUGAAUUCUACUUUUAUUUUCAUGAUGGAUAUUUGCGCGCGUGGUUAAAAAGAUUCUUUUAUGAAUUCGGUGGACAGGAAUGAUUACAGCUCAUAAACCAUUUUUUGUAAGGGCACUGUUGCAGAGUUGACAGUUUCGUCGUGUAGAAGUCAUUCUUCACCGUUGGUGACCUAAAUAGACGCUUACAAAGAGGAUGUGGUUAAUGUCUGUGUCUAGGAAAGAAGACAGGUUUUUCAGCGUCUGCUGGGGUGGCUGCCCUGUGAUGUAUCAGGAUGUCUCAGAUGGAGCAGAUUGAACUGCAAGACAUGUCUUUGGAUGACCGCAUCGAGCUAACCAGCCCACCCCAACCCUGUCCGGAGCGGGUCAGCCCCUUGCAUACUGGUUCGGGGCAGGUUCAGGAGCGACUGAGCCGGGCCCAGGUGGUCAGACUGCAGGGGGACAGCGUCAUGUUUGGCAACCCACUGCUCCACGAUGGGACCGGGGCAGGUCACCACUUCCAGCCUUGCAGCCAUACGCAGCUCACCUGGUGUGACCUGUGUGGGGACUUUAUCUGGGGCCUGUACAAACAGAGCCUGCGCUGUAUCUACUGCAGGUUCACCUGCCACCACCGCUGCAGAGCUCUGAUCCAGUUAGACUGCAGUUCAAAUUUCCCUGACCAGCUACACUUUGAUGAAGGCACUGUAGAGACAGACACCAAUGUGGAUGAGCUGAUUGAAUGGAGGAAACGGGAGCUCUCUGCUGCUGAAGUGCAACAGAAAGUGAAAGAGUACAAUGCCCAGAUCAACAGCAACCUCCUCAUGGUCCUGAACAGAGACGGCUCCUACACUGGCUUCAUCAAGGUCCACUUCAGGCUGGUGCGGCCUGUGUCUGUGCCUCCAGCCCAAGCCUGGGCCCGCACACAGGAGCGGACUAGACACCGCACCUCCUUCUAUCUGCCCAAGGAUGCAGCCAAAUACGUGCACAUCAGCUCCCACACACGGGCGCGUGAGGUCAUCCAGGCGCUGCUUGAUAGGUUCACCAUGGUGGACGAUGCCCGUAAGUUCGCCCUGUUUGAACGCAGCCUGCAGAGGGGCAAAGUGUGCCUGCGGAGGUUGGGUAAUGCGGAACGGCCACUGCAGCUGCGUCUGUGUGCAGGACCCAGUGAAGAGACCCUCAGCCUGGAGCUGCAGGAGGACGAGACUGGAGAAGUCAACUGGGAUGCCUUUACUCUGCCAGAGCUGGACAACUUCCUGCGUAUCCUGGAGCGAGAGGAGGAGGAGCAUGUGAAGCAGGUAGUGCAGCGCUAUGCUCACACCCGGGAUAUCCUGCUGGAAGCGCUGGCGCGCUUCACCCCGGGCUGACUGGCUCUCUGCAUGUGCCUGCAUUUCUAACAAGCAUCCACCAGGGGGAGACAACAGACCGUCACUCAGAACCGGAGAUAGGAGGCAGAGCCACUCCUCUAAAUGAGGGGAAAGGGGAAGGAAAGAGACAGAAGA